UUUCACACAUUACACGUCUAAAAUGGGUGUCGACGAGUUUGGUGGCUUUGGGUCUAUUAUUGCAGCCUUUUUGGCUGCGGUUUUUGUUAAUGUGGUGAUAUUUACUGUCUGGAAGGAAUACAAAGAAAGAAAGGAGCAGGAAGAACGAAAGAAAUGGUGGAAAGAAAACGUGAUUUAUCACAUAUAUCCUCGCUCUUUCCAAGACUCUAGUGGCGAUGGAAAUGGUGAUUUGCGGGGAAUUAUGAACAGGCUCGACUACUUUGAAUUCCUAGGAAUUAAGAUUCUUUACUUGAGCCCAAUUUUUAAAUCGCCCAUGGUAGAUAACGGCUAUGAUGUGUCAGACUUCAAAGACAUUGAUUCCCUGUUUGGAAAUCUGAACGACUUUGAUGAGCUUCUUAAGGAGACCCAUGCAAGAGGCAUGAAACUCAUCCUAGACUUCGUACCUAAUCACACCUCAGAUCAGCACCCCUGGUUCCUGGAAAGCCGCUCCAGUAGACAAAGUCCUAAACGAGACUGGUUCGUGUGGUUGGACCCAGCCCCAGGGGGUGGACCACCAAAUAACUGGGUCAGCGUGUUUGGUGGAAGUGCAUGGAGCUAUGAUGCUAAAACAGGACAGUACUACCUGCAUCAGUUUUGCUCUGAACAGCCAGACCUCAACCUAAGAAAUAUUGAGGUGCGUCAAGCUCUCAGUGAGGUUCUUAUCUUUUGGCUGGAUCGUGGUGUGGAUGGGUUUAGAGUGGACGCAGUUCCUCAUCUUGUUGAAGAUUCUAAAUUUCGAGAUGAACCCACCAAGUCUGAAUACAACCCUUCACAUCCUCAGCAUGAUCACUUGGAACACAUCUACACCAAAAACUUAGAUAAUAAUCACAAAAUUGUACAAGAGUGGAGAGCACUUCUUGAUAAGUACAAAGACUCCUACAGAAUUUUAAUUGGUGAAAUCAUGGCAGACCUCCCAGAUGUUAUCAAGUACUAUGGUGGAAGAAAGAACGAGUUUGACUUCCCUUUCAACUUUGGGUUGUUGGGAUUAGAUGAAUCCAAAACUGCAGAGGAUGUGUACCAAGUGAUCUCAGAGUACCUUGCUGCACUCCCCAGGGGUAAAUGGCCAAAUUGGGUCCUGGGAAACCAUGAUGUACCCAGAAUAGGUAGUAAGGUUGGCCCAGAAUACUGUCGUGCAUUGAAUGUACUCCUUCUUACCCUGCCUGGAACUGCAGUCACUUAUUAUGGGGAGGAAAUUGGAAUGACAGAUGCAAAAGUCCCUCUAAAAAGCUGCAAAGAUUUCCGAGACCCCCAGAGGUCACCCAUGCAGUGGUGUAGUGAAAGACAUGCUGGGUUUUCAUCAGGGCCAAAGCUGUGGUUACCAGUUGCAAAGAAUUUCAAAACAGUCAAUGUUGAUGCACAGAAAUUAGAUCCAACCUCCAUGCUACACCUGUAUCGGGAGCUUAUGAGGUUAAGGUCAACAUCUAAAUGCUUCAAAGGACUCAGCUUUAAAGUUGUUCAGGUGGAUACUUCGAUCCUUGCCUACACAAGAUCAGAACGGCAUUGCAAGUUUCUCAUAGUAAUAAACUUUGGACAUGAGAGUUGGAGGGGGGCGUUAAAUGGUAUCUCGGGUUCAGGAAUUGUGGAAAUUGACAGUGAAAUGAAUAUGAAAGGAACCAGCAUGCAGUUUGAUAGAAUCACACUCCAUAAAGCGCAGGCUCUUGUUAUUAAAAUGUCACAGAAACAUUAACUAAUUCGCAUCAAAUAAACACAUUGGGCUGAGGGGAAUUGUGAAAGUAAUGUAUUAAUAAUAAUAUAUUAAUAGCACAUCAUUACUUGCGCCAUGCAUUUUUCUAGGCCAGUAAAAAACAGAUUGUCCGUGUACUAGAUUUUUAAUGUAUUUUUGUUCACUUAAGGUGGCCGAACACAGUUUCUGUGUGCACUUUUGCUGAUGC